UCUCUCUCUCUCUCUCCCUUUAAAUCUGCACAUCUCUUUCUUUCUUUUUCUGAUCUCACUCUCUCUCUCUCUCUUGUUUCAAGCUCUCCACGAUGAAGCACAGAGUCUCCAAGAGAGUAAUCUCUCUCAAAUGGGUUCCAUUUCUCUGCAUCUCUUUCUUCGCUCUUGGAGCAAUCUUCACCUCUAGGUCGUGGGAGCCGUCGUCAGAUUCCGGAAGUCAGCUAAUUUCACAGCACCGUCGUGAUCAGGAACUUCAGAUUGUGUCAGACGAUUGUGCUCAUAAUAAAAAGUCUACACAAGAAAAAGAUGUAAUUGACGAAGUUUUGAGAACUCAGCAAGCUAUACAGGGUGACAGGUCGUUGGAUAAGUCGGUUUCUACGCUUCAAAUGCAAUUGUCUUCUACAAGGAGCUCUCAGGAGACAGUUGAUGGCUCAGAAACCACCAGUUCUUUAACAGGUGCAACCCCGAAGAAGAAAGUUUUCAUGGUAAUGGGAGUUAAUACUGCAUUUAGCAGUAGAAAACGGCGGGAUUCAGUCAGAGAAACGUGGAUGCCUCAAGGGGAGAAGCUUGAAAAACUGGAACAAGAUAAGGGGAUCGUCAUCAAGUUCAUGAUUGGACACAGUGCGACGUCAAAUAGCAUAUUGGACAGAGCUAUUGAUUCAGAAGAUGCUCAACACAAAGACUUCCUUAGGCUGGAGCAUGUUGAAGGAUAUCACGAACUCUCAGCAAAAACCAAGAUAUUCUUUUCCACUGCAGUAGCGAAAUGGGAUGCGGAGUUUUAUAUCAAGGUCGAUGAUGAUGUUCACGUCAAUCUCGGUAUGCUGGCUUCCACACUAGCCCGUCACCGCUCUAAACCGAGGGUCUAUAUUGGGUGUAUGAAAUCAGGGCCUGUUCUUGCUCAAAAGACAGUGAAGUACCAUGAACCUGAGUAUUGGAAAUUUGGAGAGGAUGGUAACAAAUACUUUAGACAUGCUACGGGACAAAUCUAUGCCAUCUCAAAGGAUCUUGCCAAAUACAUAUCCAUCAACCAGCCAAUUUUGCAUAAGUACGCAAAUGAAGAUGUGUCUUUGGGGUCCUGGUUUAUUGGCCUUGAGGUUGAACAUAUUGAUGACCGCAACUUCUGUUGUGGGACUCCUCCAGAUUGUAGAUGGAAGGCAGAGGCCGGCGAUGUGUGUGUGGCCUCAUUCGAAUGGAGCUGCAGUGGGAUUUGCAAGUCUGUAGAGAGAAUGAAGAUAGUCCACGAGGUGUGUAGUGAAGGAGAAGGAGCUGUUUGGAAUACACUUCUCUAGAAGAUUAUUCAGUUCCCAAUCAGCUUGGUCGAGCAAAUACUAAAGAUCUAUCUACUCAUAAGUUUGACAGAGUGCUGCAAGAAAAGGGAAAAAGCGAGAGAGGGAGACGAGAUGGCAAUUUUUGUAUAGAACCAAAGGUAUACGAUAUAAAACUGGAGAAUACAGAAACCUUAGUUGUUGUGAAACAGUUUGUGCUUAAGUUAAUGGAUUUUUGAUAUUUCUUCUA